GUGAAAUUUGCUCUUAAAAGUCUCAAGAACAGAUUUUCUGCCCAACUAAUAAUUCACGCUUGUUAACAAGGCAAUAAAAAAACUUACAUGAUGGAAUGGACUCGUUCUCCUCAACACUGCCUCCCUAAAAAAAUUGUUGAUUUGAUAUCAACUUAAAACUCGGAUGCGCAAAUAUUUUCAAGAAAUAUGCCAAGACUUGGAUGGACACCUGUUUAUAGCCACACUUCUCAAGAAAGAAUGGUAACCCAAUCCGCCCAAAGAAACGCCAACAAACAAUUCGAAUCUGUGUCACCGUCAGUAUCGUCGUCGUCUCUCUCUCUCCGAAUUUCAAAACAAUUUUUCCUGCUCGAUAAUUUAUGCAGGAAUAUAAUGAAUCAAAUUUGUUUAUGUGCCGGAUGUCCGUAUGGAUGGAUGGAUGGCUAAUAAUAAAUGAAUGCCUACGUACCCCACAAGAAGAACAAGUAGUAAAAGGAAGGCAUCGUAAAACUUUCCCCACUUCACUCCCUCACACCCUGCGACAGGUGGUGGUGAUGGUGGAAAUUAAAAAUUUUAAUUGCAAAUUCCAAUGAUUGGCACCCAUUCGUCGUAUCUAGCCCUUCUCCUUGUCAUUCAGAAAAAAAAGUUCCCUCCCGGAUCACUGCUUACCAUUAGAGGCAAGUCAAAAGUCAAGACUUUUCCUUGACCAUGAUGACGAUGACGACUCUAUCGAACAACAAACAGCAACAAAUUCUCUCCUUCACGGUGUAUCGUAUGUGAGAGAAUUAAGGUACAUACUACAUACGUAAAUACCUCGGAUGAAUAUUAAUGACACGACACCAACACGUCGACCAAAGAGAGAGGCGACGCCCAAUCAAUAGGAAUCGUAUUGUUGUAGCAUCGGGUGACGAGACUCUGCUGCCUGGCCCCGUUGACCCACCACAUCGUCACAUGUAUCCACCAUCCACCACUUAUUCAAACGAGCUAAUAAUGGACAUUUGUUUUUAAUAGUGAUGCUAUUCUUGCCCAGAAUUAGUAUUUGCGUUAGUUAUGCAUACUUGCGAGAGGUAUGUGCAAGAUGAGACUGACGACGCCAACAAUGCAGUCCAUCCAUAUGUGCAUGCAUAAUGCAUAUACUACACCACCAACAAUCAAGAGUUAUAGCCACAAACAAUGCAAAGCAAUGAAUGAUGAGGAAGAUCCGAGAUUCAGAGAUUGAAUUCAAUUAACCUUUACGACCAAGUCCCCGUUUAUUCGUAUUUCUGGCCCAUAAAACAACUAUAAAAGCAUCUUGCACGAUAAAACAAACGCCACACUCCCCCACUAACCAACCAACUGCGAAUAAAUCGUCGUCGUCCUUCUGUUGUUCACGCAUAUUGAGUCUCAAAAAUACAUCAAGAAGAGAGGAGAAGGACGAGGAUAAGUAGUAGAAUUUGUAUUCCUUUAGAGAAAAAUGCGGCUACGGAAAUUGUCCACUUUUUCGGUGGCAAUUUGCCUCUUAUUUUGUGGGUGUGGUGGUGCAAGAACUGCAAGUUCGGUGGGUGGUGGUGGUGCUUCCAGUGACAAGGAUGGCCUACAUUCGACACAUCGACAGUACAGUCACUCUUUGGACACGGGAAGUUCUGUUUCAUACGGUGGGAGUAAACCCAUCGUAGCCAGUUUGGCGUCUGCUUCUGCGGGAUCAUCGACCUAUGGAAGUGGGGAGGCGUCGUCGGGGGCACGAAAUUCGGGAGUGUAUGAUUCCUCCAAGUCGUUCACGAAUCAACAAAGUUCCGUCGAGUAUGGAGGAGCGGCGGAAGGGACGGGAAAUUUCCAUUCUCUGUUCCCGUCACCAUCGUCCUCAUCUUCCGGUGGGUACCAGCCAUCCUCUGGUUAUCAGCCCUCAUCUGGUGGCUAUGCACCUGCAGCCCCAGUCGUGGGAGGUUAUCAGCCCAGCAGCCCUUCAAUCCCCUCAAGUAAUAACAAUAUUCAAGGACAACAUCCACCAAACAUUGAAACGACCCAUGGUCCGUCGUAUACUUACUACUACCAACAUUACCCCACAGGUAGUAUUUCCGGGUCCCACUCCGGGGGUUGGAGCGCUGGUGGGGGCGAGGGACAUGAUGACGGUGGUUUCGGCGGUUUAGGCGGCCUUGGCGACUUUGGCGGUGCGGGAGGAGGAGCUGGUGGGGCUGGGGGAGCAGGAAUUGCGGGUGUUCUAGGAGUCAAAGGUCUCAAAGGGCUGGGAAUUUUGGCCGCGGUAGCGAAGGGAAUCUUGGCCAUUAAACCGUUCCUUAUUUUGGGAUUGUUACUUCUCAUUGCCCUCCCAAUCCUGUUGUUGUUCCUGCCAAUUCCCAUCAUCACCGUGACCGGGAAUACGGGGGUCGGAGCUGGUCGUUCUAAAGACCCAUCCGUCAUUUCCUACCUCGCCGAUCUGUCUCAACGUGUCCUCACUUCCGAAGAAUGUUUAGAACGAUUCAUCUGCAAACUGCCCAAAGCCCCAGAACCUUAUCAGAAACAGGCCAAACAAUUGUGGGAUUCGUAUGGCGAAACGGUAAUAAAAAGUCACAGGCUGAGUCGCGGUCUAGGUGCAUAUUUUGACACGAACAAGGAGAAAAACCGAGUCUUCAAGUGCAACCAGCGCUUCCAAUGUUCCAACAAGUUUAUGUAAUCGAAAUUUUUCACUCAAUAAUUUAUUAAUUUGACAAAUUAUGUCGACAAUGUCCCUGAUUUUGAUAUCUUUACACACACACAACGAAACUAUUUACUUACAUUGGGAACUUGAGAUUUUUUUGAGGGAUACGGGCUGACUGACUGUUUUAUAAUGACGACGACGAGAAAAGUGACUUGACACUUGACAAUUUUUUUUCAAAAAGUUGGACAUCUUUACAGUAUUACAUAUUUUUAACACGUACAGAGAGACCUUACGAGGACGCUUAUUAGAUAUUAUACGAUACGAUAUAUAUUGAAGGA